CUGGCGCCGGCAGUUACAAUUUGCGCAUAAACCCGACCAGAUCCCGAGCUCCCGUCAAACGACUAGUUAAAUAUCGGUGGGAAUCUGCAUACAGUCAGUUGCAACAUGAGGAAGCAUUGCAUCUAUUGGAUUUGGUUGGUGUUGCUGCUGAGGCUGAUCUUCGUGAGGGCCGAACAGCAGGCGGAUGAGCACAGAAUCCAGCGUCGCUUCAUGUGGCAAGAGAUGAACAACUCUGUGAUGGGCAGCGUCCUGGGGCGAAUGUUUGGCGGUGCCAGGGCCAUGAAGUCCCUGUUCUCGGACCUCCUGCCCGCGGCGCCGGGCCACACGAAGAAGAAUCCCGCGACACUCGAUCUGAGGCCCACGGAGAUGACGCGGGUGAAGUACAUCAUCCGGAAUCCGCACACCCACAAGCCGAUGAAGAUCAUCAAGAUGCGUCCGUCGGCCAAGAAGGUGGUGAAGCUGCGGGGACCGCUGCCCAAGCCAGGCGUAGUCACGGAGUCGACAUCGUAUUCCCUCAACUUUGAUCAACGCAUGCGACAGCUGGAGAAGGAGCAGGAGCUCAUCGCCGAGGGCAAGGCACCGCUGAGCAGCGACGAGGACCUCAUGGAUAAGUACUUCCGGAAGAAGCCCAAGGGCGGAGGCAGUGCCAGCAACCAAAUUGUCACCGGCAAGAACAUGCAUUACCAGAGCUGGAAGCCCGUCUACAAGUCCGGGGAGCAGCCCAGCUCCUUUGUAACCCUGCGGCCACAGGCCCUCACACAGCUGCACACGGACAUAUCCGCCAGCGGUGGACAUCAUGAGCAUGAGCAUCAGCAUCAGCAUGAGCAUGAGCAUCAGCAUGAGCUGCUGCCUAAGCCGGAGAAGCUGGUCAGCUACGAGUACAGCCGCGAGGAGCAGCAGGAGCAGGAGGAGGAGGCCGAGAACGAGGUGGCCAAACAGAUGGGCCACCGCUACGAGGUGACCGAGCACACGGGCGAGGCGAGCGGCGAGUUUGAGGCUGUGGCAUCGAUGGAGAGCGGCUUUGUGCCCAGCAAGGGAUAUCGGAGUCAACCGCAGCAGCACCAGGAACACCAUUCACAGCAGCACCAGGAACACCAUUCACAGCAGCAGUCACCGAGGCCGAGGAGCCGUGGCAGCUCCACCACUAGCACCACAACCAGCACCACCGAAGCCCCCAACUAUCCCCCCUCGUUCCUGAAAAAGUACCGCGAACGCGAGGCGGCCACCACGAGGCGACCCCGCAAGCACCAGCACAAGCAGGAGAUCAUCCACAUCCAUCAUGGCGGUGGCAGUGGGGAGGAGGAUGACUUGACCACCACCAGCCAGCCACCUUCCCCCUCCUUCUCGAUGAGCAGCAUGCGUGCCCGACUCCAGGAGCAGCAGCGUCGCACCAAGCACCAGCAGCGGCUGCAGGAGGAGGAGGAGGAGUACGAGGCGGCCCUGGUGAAGGCCAUGCACGGAGACAAGUGGCCAACGGAGGUGCAGGGUAGUGGCUUCCAGCUGAGCAGCCCCAUCGGUCCCAGUGCGGUGGCCUUCGAGCAGCCGUUGCCAGGAGAAGCAGCAGCAGCAGCCAAGUAUCCGCAUCCCAAGGAGCACAAGCGGCCGCCGCGUGCCAAUAUCCGGGAGCGGGGAUCUGUGAAGUUUGGCGACAAACCCAGCUACGAGGACGACGAGGCCUGACGAGAGAGAGCGCGAGAGAGCGAGCGAGAACGAGCAGGGGAAUGGAUAUUUCCCCAACCAAAGAGCCAAAGCUGCAGUUAAGCUAGGAUGGGGGGGUGGGUUAGCCAAGAGUUAACCAACAGUUAGGCUAAAAGUUAACCAACAAUUAAGAUUAAUUGCCUAAUCUCACAACUAAGUUUGCGUUUGCCCAGUAAAAGCGAAG